UCCUUCAGCCUAGACCCAAAUAUCGCCCCCAUACGCCUAAAACCCAGACGGGUGCCUUUUGCACUCCGGAAGAAAAUAGACGAGCAGAUUGACAAGCUCGUCAAACAGGGGGUUUUGCAGCCAAUCGACCACGCCCGGUGGGAGACCCCUAUAGUCACCCCAGUCUUUGCGAAGCUCGACCUGGCGCAAGCCUAUCAGCAACUGCCGGUCGAUGAAGAAACCGCCGAAGCGCAAACAAUAGUCACCCACCGGGGAGCGUUUCGCUGUAACCGACUCCAGUUUGGAUUCCUGGGGUACCUCCUAGACCGACAUGGCAUCCACCCAACCGGAAGCAAAGUCAAAGCCAUAAAGGAAGCCCCCACACCCAAGAACAAAACAGAGCUGCAGGCAUUUCUGGGACUGCUAAAUUUUUACAAUGUGUUCUUGCCCCAAAAGGCGACCGCGGCGGAGCCCUUGCAUAGGCUCCUGGACAGGACGGCCAAAUGGACCUGGGGGAAACGGGAGGACACCGCAUUCAAGAAUACCAAAGACCUGCUCACCUCGGAUGCCGUUCUCAUUCAGUAUAAUGAGACCCUACCCAUCGCCGUCACAUGCGACGCCUCACCAUUUGGCGUCGGCGCCGUCCUCAGCCAUACACUUCCAGACGGAAAAGAAGCACCCAUCGCUUUCUUUUCAAGAACACUCAGCAAACCCGAAAGAAACUACAGCCAAUUAGAUAAGGAGGCACUGGCCAUCGUCGCAGCGGUAAAGAAGUUCCACGAGUACCUCUACGGCCGCCGGUUCACCCUCAUCACGGACCACAAGCCACUGCUGGGCAUCCUGGCGGGGAACAAGGCCACCCCGAACAUCCUAUCCCCCAGGAUGACAAGGUGGUCUGAGUUCCUCGCCGCCUACGACUACCGGCUCACACACAGACCCGGUAAGACGAUCUCCCAUGCAGACGCGUUGAGCCGCUCGCCGUUUCCCGACCUAGACGACGACCCAGCUCCCAAGACGACCACCCUCAGCAUAGAGACAUUGCCCGACCUACCCAUAACCGCGUCAGACAUUGCCCGAGAGACUAAUAAAGACAAGCGUCUGGCGCGGGUAUUACAUUGGGUAGAAAAGGGAUGGCCAGAGAAAGACAACGAUGAAGCUUUCAGGACAUUCCGAAACCGGCAAACAGAACUGUCACUACAGAAAGGUUGCUUGCUAUGGGGGGACAGGGUGGUCAUACCGGAAAAACUGCAAGGGAAAGUAUUAAAAUUAUUACACGAAGGGCACCCGGGGAUUGUGAGGACUAAAGCUUUGGCCAGAAGCUAUGCUUGGUGGCCAGGUAUGGACAAGGAGAUCGAGGCCUGGGUAGCCAAGUGCUCGCGCUGCCAAGAAACCAGACCAAAUCCCCCCGCAGCACCAAUAUUAGAAUGGGAAACGCCCAGGGGGCCAUGGUCGAGACUCCAUAUAGAUUUUGCCGGGCCCACAAAAGGGAACACAUUCCUCAUCACGGUGGAUGCUUACUCCAACUGGCUGGAGGUAAGCAACAUGAAGACCACCACAACAGAUGCGGUAACCAAGGUCUUAAACAAACUUUUCGCAACCCACGGCCUCCCGGAUGUCAUCGUGUCAGACAACGGACCCCAGUUCACCUCGCUGGAAUUCGAAAAAUUCCUAGCGGAACGAGGCAUACGACACGCACUGACAGCGACGGCGCAUCCGGCGGCCAAUGGUAGGGCAGAACGGAUGGUUCAAUUUGCAAAGAGAACCCUCCAAAAAAUCGAACACGGGGACAUACAAGAAAAAAUAAAUAAAAUGCUCCUAAUACAACAUAUAACCCCAAACACAACAACAAACAAAAGCCCGGCAGAAUUACUAAUGGGGAGAAAACUAAGGUCACCACUCGACAGACUACACCCCACAUACAACCCGGAAAAACCCCCGGACUCAUCAAGCAAGCACCGGGUUUUUGCACCAGGCGACGCAGUCUAUGCAAAAAACCUUACCGGAGACCCACUAUGGGUACCGGCAACUAUAACCCAACUGACAGGACCCCACUCCUACCGGCUACAGACAACCGACGGACAAACAUGGAAACGCCACAUCGAUCAAUUA